GUGGGGUGUACGUCAGGCGCAUGUCGAUGAGAUUGAAACGACAUGGCGGUGUUAUUGGAAACAACGCUAGGAGAUAUCGUGAUUGAUUUAUACACAGAAGAGAGACCGAAAGCCUCGCUGAACUUCCUGAAACUGUGCAAAAUCAAAUAUUACAACUAUUGUCUGAUCCACAAUGUUCAGAGAGAUUUCAUCGUUCAGACGGGAGACCCCACCGGCACGGGCCGAGGAGGAGAGUCUGUGUUCUGUAAGCUGUAUGGCGAUCAGGCACGCUUUUUUGAGUCCGAGAAGGUGCCCAGGAUCAAGCAUAGAAAGAAAGGGACGGUGUCUAUGGUGAACAACGGCAGCGACCAGCACGGCUCUCAGUUCCUGAUCACCUCAGGGGAGAAUCUGGAUUAUUUGGAUGGUGUUCACACUGUGUUUGGAGAGGUCACAGAGGGCAUGGACGUGCUCGCUAAAAUCAACGAGACCUUUGUUGACAACGACUUCAUCCCCUUUCAGGACAUCAGGAUUAAUCACACGGUGAUUCUGGAUGACCCGUUUGACGAUCCCCCGGGCCUCCCGGUUCCAGACCGAUCGCCUGAACCCACUAAAGAGCAGCUGGACAGUGGUCGGAUCGGGGCAGACGAGGCCAUAAACAAUGAUGAUGAAGAUGCUGAGCAGCUGGAUGAACUGAUAAAAGACAAGGAAGCAAAGACACAAGCCAUUUUACUAGAGAUGGUGGGUGAUCUGCCAGAUGCAGAAGUCAAGCCUCCAGAGAACGUGCUGUUCGUGUGUAAACUGAAUCCUGUGACCACAGAUGAAGAUCUGGAGAUCAUCUUCUCACGUUUCGGCUCCAUUAAAUGUUGUGAGAUCAUCAGAGACUGGAAAACAGGAGAAUCUCUGUGCUAUGCAUUCAUCGAGUUUGACAAGGAGGAGGACUGUGAAAAAGCGUACUUCAAAAUGGACAACGUGCUGAUAGACGACCGUCGCAUUCAUGUGGACUUCAGCCAGUCUGUGUCUAAGAUCAAAUGGAAAGGCAAAGGUGGGAAGUACACCAAAGAUGACUUCAAGGCCUAUGAGAAAGACCUGGACAACAAAUCCAAACUGGCUUUGAAAGACAAAGUCAAAAGCAAGCAGGACUCCCGGUAUGAGCUUCUCUUAGAUGAGGAAGAGGACGACCGAGAGAAACGAGACCGGAAACGACACUCGGAUUACGAAAGGACCAAGGAUAAGAAGUCAAAGUCAGUACUUGUAUCAGCCCACGAGCAGACAGAGGCAGGACCACAGGAGGCGGGAGAGAAAGGGAUGGAUCGUGACGAGAGUCGUCGAGAAAAAGAUAAAGGCAGACAGCGGUCGCGUUCAAGAGACCGAGAGAGACCUAAGGAUAAGGAGCGAGGCAGAGAUCGAGACGGCGACCACAAACGCCACAGACGAGACCGCAGUCGCAGCCCCAAGAGAUCCAAGCAUUACAGCUGACGCUAGCACGGGCUACAUCCUGAUCCCGCGGAGGAAGAGCACACUAGACGCGCUCUAUCAGUCAUUUCUCACGUCAGGAAAUAACACUCAACAUGUUUGUAUUUUUUGAAGAUUGCAAAUUCAUGGAAUGUUAAUAAAGUCAAAGUUCUAAAAUGUU